GUAGUGAGGCCCUCUGAGCCCUGCCAAGCAGGAUAGAGCUGGGCCGAAACACUUGUCCUGGUUUACCAGCACACAAAAUCUUACCUGUCCAAACAAAUGAUUCGUGCCUUGGCGAACCUCUGAAUUUGUUUGGUGAUGAUAGAGUACGGAGUAGGAGUAGCAUUUAUAUACAGUACUACUUAUUAGGUUGCGUCAUUUGGAGCAAGAUGGAGGCCGCCAUGGAUAGUGGAUCAGUGAGAGCUACCAUGAGCAUCUUUGGCGAGAGCAUCAGUGGAAGAAAGGCAGAGAAGAACCGAGGGCAUGUUCUAGCUCAAGAGAAUCUGUCUUCUGAAAUGAAACAACUAGCGAAAUCCGGCAUGGACAAGCUGAAGGAGCGCAAGGCAUCUGUGGAUAAGGAGCGAGCCGGCGCGGAGUCGGAGCUCUCGAGAGCACGGGCCAUGGCAAAGGAGCUGGAGCGCCAAAUCGACCAGACCAAGUCCAGAGCGACGUCCCAGAAAUCAGAGCUGCAAGGAAUUCGGGCAACCAGGACAGGAAAGAAGGACGCCGAGGAGUCACUGUCACCGGACGCUCAAUACGUGGCGGUGACGCAGGAGCUGGACCGUGCCAAGCGUGAGCUGCGGAAGCUGAAGCUGGAGCUGAAGUCCGCGGCGGAGGCCAAGGCCAAGGCCGAGAGCGACGUGGUGUCGACGGUGUGCAAGAUCCAGUCCAGCCUGCAGGCCGCCGACGAGAUGCGGCGCCAGGUGGACGAGGCGAACGAGGAGCACGUCCUGGUGGAGCUCGCGCGCAUCGAGGCCGAGCGGGAGCGCCGCGAGCUCGCCGCCCAGCGCGACGCCGAGGCCGCGCGGUUCGCCAGGGAGAUAGAGGCCACGAGGGCCAAGGUGGAGUCCGCACGCGACGGACUGAGCCGCGCGAGAGCGCUGGAGGCGAAGCUUGAAGCGACGAACGCCGACGUGGAGGUCCUCCAGGGCGAGAUGGAGCUGGUGCGCGCCAUGGAGAAGAACCCCGUCAGCCCGAAGAACAACGACGAGACGGCGGAGGAGAGGGCGUUGCUGCAGGCUUCAGAGGCCGAGCUGAGCGCGGCCAAGAGAGAGCUGGAUAACAUCAGGGCCGGGGGGUUCCAGUUCAUGACGUCCAUGGACCGCACGCGCACCGAGAUCGCGCGCGUCGUGGAGGAGGCCAACCGGCUCAAGGCGCAGGAGAAGGACGCGGACGCGCAGGUGCAGCAGCUGAACGCCAAGCUCCUCAAGGCGCGGGCCCAGAUGGAAUCCGUCACGGCGGCCAGCGAGAGGUCCAAGGCGAUCAUGUCGAACCUGACGGCGGCCAUGCAGCAGCUGCACGCCGAGACCGAGGCGGCGAACAAGGAGGAAGAGCUGACGCUGCUGGAGAAGCGGUGCGUGGUGGCGGAGACCGAGAGCGCCGCGGCGGAGAUCGCUGCGGCCGAGGAGCGGAUCAGGCAGUCCGUGAAGGCGCUGGAGGCGGCCAAGGCGUCCGAGGCCGCGGCGAUGAAGAAGCUCAAGGCCGCCGCGGAGAGCACGAUGCAGGCUAGGGCGCUGCUGGCACGGCGGAAGAACCAUGGGGGGACGAUAACGGUCUCGAGGUUCGAGUACGAGUACCUGAGCGGGCGUGCGGCGCUGGUCAGGGUUGUGGCGGACAAGAAAGUGGCGGCGGCCCAGGCGUGGGUGCAGGCGCUGAAGGCCGGGGAGAAGGAGGCGGCGAUGCGGGCGGAGGCGGCGGAGCGGGAGAUGAGAGAGAUGGGGCCCAGGGAGGCGCAGGCGGCGUUGGAGGCGGCGAAGACGGCGCGCGAGCAGGAGGCGCUGGAGCGGGAGCUGUACGACCUGAACUUGACGGCCGAGAGCAUCGGCGAGCUGCAGUGCGCGUACCCGCGGCGGAGGUCGGCCAGGGUGUCGGCGACGGGGAGGAGGUCCAAGGCGCGGCGGUCGUCGGUGUCGGCGGCGUCCUGGAACCCGAAAUCGCCGUCGUUCACCAUCAAGAGGAAGAAGAAGGUGAUGCCCAGCCUCCUGAAGUUGAUCAAGGAAAAGAGAGGCGGCAGCCGCAAGAGCACCGAUUGACGACAGCUGCAUUUGCAUGGCCUCCUUCGCACCCGUUUUCAACGGCGUGGCAACCGGCGCAGUAUAUCAUACUCCAGUUUUGUUCUUGAUUUGUUCAUUACUGGUUCGCUCACAACCAGAUCACUACAUUAAACCUGUUUUAGUUUCGCCAGAUGAUUAUGCUGUACCUUGCUUCUCUGCAUCACACUCUUGCUGUUGCAUAAAUCGACAGUGUAACAUGUAUUCUGACGACCCUGGUCAUUUUCAGAACAGAUUUAUCCGUA